AUGGCGGAUAUGAAGAAUGAAGAACGUGGGAGACUGCUUCCCGACGAUCUCCUUAAUGCGAACCGAGUUCUUUAUGUCCAUACUCCUCAAAUGCCUUGGUGGCGAAAUGCGCUCAAUGUCUUUCUCGUGUCUGCCAUAUCCGUGGUGAUGACCGUUCCGGUGAUGCUUCUCAUCACUCCCACGCUUGUCCUCAAAGAAAAGAAACCCUUCACAUAUACAGAUUGCGGCAACACAUCUACAUCGGCUCGACAGGCAGGAUGUGGUUAUGAGCCUAUGAUGCGGGCCUGGGUACCGCCAGAAUGCUACUAUACUGACAUUAUUGACGACUACGACGUGUUUCGUGAUCGCAAGUGGUUUGCAGAUAAGGGACUAAGCAUCACAUCCAACAUCGAGAGGCUAGAGUCUGGUGAUGAGGAACUUGCAUAUACACCAAUAGCGGUCGAAAAGCGUUAUCCUGCGAUUAGCUGGAAUAUGGCGAACAUCGAUCAUUCUCACCACUGUGCGCAUAUGGUGGCAUUGCGGAUUCAGAAUAGUUACAACGAGACAUUUGUUCAUGAGGAUGACACAUUUACGGAAAGCUACCUGAAUUUCCAGACCUGCGUUCUGAUGAACUGGGCAUGA